CGCCACUACGAUAAGAACUCGCGCAGAUGGCCAGGUUAUCGAGGGCGCAUGCACGGGAAACAGAGUACAGUAGUUGCUCUUCGACGAGUGCGAGAUGACGGCAGAAUCUCCACCGGAAGAAAAACUCCCCAAUGAGCACGAUACACUCAAAUACUCUCUCUUGGGCCCAUCAUUGACAAAGUCAGGUCAGGAUAAUGUUGACCAGCAGAAGGUCUCCGAAAUCAUCUAUAAUGCCUCCAAAGGAUCCAAGUACUUCAACAAUGAGGAGGCUCGAGACAAACAACUUACGCAGAAGAUCGAACGAAUACUCGCGAAGAAGAGCCAGCUCGAAAAGCUAGACCUGAGUCAUGAUCGGAGGAAGGCAGAUGAAUAUAUUGCAGAGCUCGAGUUGUCCCGCGACUUAUCCCAAACGAUAGUGCAUGUCGAUUGCGAUGCCUUCUACGCUGCCGUGGAAGAACUCGAUCGGCCUGAGUUGAAGGAGGUUCCUUUUGCGGUUGGAAAGGGUGUUCUCACAACAUGCAAUUACCAAGCAAGGAAAUUCGGCUGUAGGAGCGGGAUGGCCUCAUUUGUGGCCAAGAAGCUCUGUCCGCAACUUAUCCAAAUCCCAAUGAAUUUCGACAAGUAUAAAGCAAAAGCACAAGAGGUCCGCGAGAUUCUUGUCGAUUACGACCCGCGAUUUGAAAGUGCGAGCAUAGACGAAGCAUACCUCAAUAUCACCGAAUAUUGCUUGAAUAAUGACGUCGGUCCAGAAGAAGCAGUUGAACAGCUGAGACGAGAAGUUCACGAGAAGACCAAGAUCACGAUAUCUGCUGGCAUUGCUGCAAAUGCCAAAUUGGCGAAAAUCUGUUCCAAUAAAAAUAAGCCGAACGGACAAUUUCGACUUCCUAGUGAUAGGAAUAGCAUUAUGACAUUCAUGCGAGAUCUCCCUGUUCGAAAAGUUAACGGGGUUGGGCGAGUCUUUGAGAGGGAGCUUGGCUCAAUAGGUGUCAAGACUUGCGGAGACAUUUAUGAAUACCGGCAUUAUCUUUCAAGGCUCUUUGGUGAGAAGGCAUUCGUCUUCCUUAUUCAAUGCUACCUCGGUUUGGGACGAACAAAGAUCCAACCCGCAGAGGAGUACGAGCGGAAGAGUGUUGGAACGGAGAGCACAUUUGGUGAAAUGCAGGACCCCACGGCAAUACGCAACAAGCUACGGUCGACAGCCGAAGAAUUGGAGAAGGAUAUGCAGCGGACACAGUUCAAAGGUCGAACGCUGUGUCUAAAAGUCAAAUUACAUACUUUCGAAGUCAUUACUAGGCAAGUGGUUCCUCCGAAGGCCAUAUAUCUGGCUGAGGACUUGUAUAAGUACUCGUUGCCUAUGCUCGCAAAGUUAGAGCAGGAAUUUCCAGGUUUAAAACUACGGCUCCUGGGUCUUAGGUGUACCCAUCUCGUUAGUAUGAAAAAACCAGAUACCAUGUCCUUCUUUGGAUUCAAAACGAGAACUUCUACCGACACAGGUGAGGCUAGCGAUGAUCAACCAGAUAAUGGGAAGAGAAAAUCAGAUGCCCUCGAAGAUGGACAAUGGGAGACAUGGCCUGCUGAACGCCUAUUUGAGGAUGCUGAACGCCAAGAGCGUGAGGACGAGUUCCAAGAACUGGAAAAGCUCAGUCAGGAGGUUGAUAAACAGAGGCAGCACGGUAAAGAGAUAGUGCCAAAUCCGAAGAAAGAAGCAACACCAGAGGAAUGGUGGGACUGUCCAAUCUGUCUGAGACCGCAAACACCCAACGAGAAGAAAUUUAACGAGCACAUAGAUCUCUGCCUUUCGCGACAGACGAUCAGAGAUGCUGUUCAAGAAACAGCCACAAAAAUUCCAGCACGAGACCAUACGCCGGCCCCAAAGAGAGUGAAAACUGAGCGGGGAAAGGACAAAUCUGUAAUAGCGGUUGAUCCAAAGCAGCGCCGGCUAUGUUUUGGUUGAGAUGUUUUCAAUAUCCCAACCGCUCGCAGUGAGCGAGCGGAAAGGGAAAAUCACGAAAGCUCCAUUGCGGAGUUGAACAUCAUUGUAGUGACAUUUUAGUAGUCACCGAGGCUAGAAUCCUGAGAUAGGAAAGCCCAUAGGAUAUGACGGGAUGCACUCGUGAGCACUGGAAUCCGGCGGAGUGGCGUUUUGGUUGCGGGUUUGGAGAUGGAAUUUAUAGACUCGGCGCCCUCAGGUAUACUGGGCUGAAUUGAGCUUAUGAAACUAGUUAAGAUUCUCUAGGAAAAAUUCCUCCUUCAUGAAUCCAUACCAAGCCAAGCAAAGUAACCCAG